AGUUACAGGAAAACCAGCAAAAAAAGUAAACCAAAAUAGCUGUUUUUUUAAUCAGAUUUGAUAAAAUUUUUAUUUUUUCGUAUAAUUUAUACAGUAUAUUUAUACCAAAAACCUUAAACGAAAAAUUGACAUUCUAGCAAAAAAUCAAUUGGGUAUUCAUCUUUUGGGUCGCUAAACUGAAAAGAAAAUAGAAAAUGAUACCAAAAUGGCCAAAUUUAUUUUAAUAGAAUAAAAUACCAGUAUAUUUACAUAUGGCUUUAAUACUAGAGCUUUUGGGUAUAUCUAUAUCACUUAGUGGUCUUUUUAAGUUAAAAUGAACUCUUAAGUUCUUAUAUGAAUAUUAAGGAUGAGAUUUGGGCUAUUUUCGUUCGAAAAAAAAUCUUGUUUAUUGAAUCAAGAGUUAUAAAUCACGCCCUGUUUUCCCAAAUCAAACAAUACUGUCAAACAACCAAAAAAUAAUAUAUUCCAAAUGUCCAACAAACUAGUUAUGGUUGGUGAAAGUGCAUGUGGGAAAACAUGUUUGAUUCGUCGGUAUCUUGAAAAUAAUUACAAUGACAAGGAGGGCACAACAGCAAGUUUUUACAAAAAGGAACAUUCCACCACCAUAGAUGGUAUAACUCACAGUUUCGAUUUGUGGGAUACUGGUGGUCAAGAAGAUUACGAUAAUUUGAGAAAAUUAUCAUAUGCAGAUGCAAAAGCGUUUUUGGUGUGUUAUUCUGUUGAUCAGCCCCAAGAACUUGAAAGUGUGCUUCUCAAAUGGAUGUCUGAAGUCAGGGAGCAUUGUCCUAAAACUCCCAUUGUAUUAGUUGCUUGCAAGACAGAUCUAAGAAAGAGCGCACAAAGAAGAAGUGAAUUGAGAGCAAAUGGAUAUUCAAUGGUAACUACUGCAAAAGGAGAUGAAUUGGCAAGAAAAUUUAAAUUGAGAGAGUUUUGUGUAGAGAGGUUUUAUGAGACUUCAAGUCUUACUGGCAAAGGUGUUGAUCAACUUUUUGAGGAAACAUUUAGAAUGAUUGUAACAAAAGAGAACACAAAGUUCCGUGAGCGCUAUGGGUGCUGUUCGAUAAUUUGAUAAAUACUUGAUU